UUCGUCUCUACAAUCACCAAUCAGCUCUCUCGAACAUCAACAACGAAACCCUAGAACGCGCUCUCUCUCUCUCUGCCUUUCGCUCUCUCUGCUCCGACUCUCUAAUUUCGUUUUGCAGUUUUGGUCUAUUCUGUUUUAUUACUCUGUUUCUGCAGGAUCGUAGUUAAUUCUACUUAUUGUGAAGGUUUUCUUUUCCUUAUAUAUUUUUGCAUAUAGUGUCUAUAUUUGUUUUCUUGUUUGUUUCUGUUUGGUAUAUAACGAUGGAUGCAGGGUCAUCGAGUUCUUCAUCAAAUUUGAAGGGACAAUCUCGUUGCCCUCUCCAAGAACAGUUCCUUCAGAAGAGGAAUUCUAAAGAGAACUUGGAUAGGUUUAUACCAAACCGUUCGGCAAUGGACUUCGACUAUGCUCAUUACAUGUUAACCGAAGGCAGAAAAGGUAAGGAGAACCCGGCAGUGAGCUCGCCAUCCAGAGACGCCUACAGGAAGCAACUUGCGGAGACUUUCAACAUGAACCGGACUCGGAUCCUAGCUUUCAAGAACAAGCCACCCACCCCUGUUGAGUUGAUCCCGCAUGAGAUUUCCACUUCUGCUCACCACCAAGCCAAACCCACUAAACCACGCAGACACAUCUCUCAGACUUCCGAAAGGACAUUAGAUGCCCCUGACAUUGUGGAUGAUUUCUACCUUAAUCUACUGGACUGGGGAAGUGCCAAUGUCCUUGCAAUUGCUCUUGAAAACACAGUGUACUUGUGGGAUGCAUCGACUGGUUCUACCUCCGAACUAGCCACAAUUGAUGAUGAAAAUGGCCCUGUAACCAGCGUUAAUUGGGCUCCUGACGGAAGGCACAUUGCUAUUGGCUUAAACAAUUCUGAAGUGCAAUUGUGGGAUUCUGCCUCUAACCGACUGUUGCGAACUUUGAAAGGUGGCCACCGAUCACGAGUUGGAUCCUUGGCAUGGAACAAUCAUGUCCUCACAACUGGAGGAAUGGAUGGCCUGAUUGUUAACAAUGAUGUAAGAAUAAGAUCUCAUAUCGUUGAAACCUACAGAGGGCACCAACAAGAGGUUUGUGGGCUAAAAUGGUCAGGUUCUGGCCAGCAAUUAGCAAGUGGAGGGAAUGAUAAUCUUCUUCACAUAUGGGAUAGAUCCAUGGCGUCUUCGAAUUCUGCAACACAGUGGCUUCACAGGCUUGAGGACCAUACUUCUGCAGUGAAAGCUCUUGCCUGGUGUCCUUUCCAGAGCAAUCUGCUGGCUUCUGGAGGAGGCGGAGGGGACAGAUGCAUAAAGUUUUGGAACACUCACACAGGCAGCUGCUUGAACUCUGUAGACACAGGCUCUCAGGUCUGCUCUUUGCUCUGGAACAAGAAUGAACGAGAACUACUUAGUUCUCAUGGUUUUACUCAGAAUCAGCUCACUCUUUGGAAAUACCCAUCAAUGGUGAAGAUGGCAGAGCUCACAGGUCACACCUCCAGAGUUCUCUUCAUGGCUCAGAGUCCAGAUGGUUGCACAGUGGCGUCUGCAGCAGGUGAUGAGACAUUGAGAUUUUGGAAUGUCUUUGGGGUUCCAGAGGUAGCUAAACCUGCUCCAAAGACCAACCCAGAACCAUUUGCUCAGUUGAAUCGCAUCCGUUAAUGAUGAUUUGAAGGAAGUAUGGAUUUGAUUUGAAGUUUCGCAUUAGGAGAAGGCAGAAGUUGAAACAACGGCUUGUUGUGUCGGUUGCUGUUCUCUCUGUCUCAGAAUGUAUGUUUUAUGCGAUUACAAAGGUGUGAUGUGUGUAAUAUGUUGAAAAUAAGGAAGAAUAGACCACUCGCUCCUAUGGUCGUAGGCAAAUUGCC